CGCCUCCCGCGGCGAGCCCUCUCAGCCCAGCGGGGAGGAAGCGGCAGAGCGGCGCCUGGGGCAGAGCGGCCCGCGCCCCCUCCCGCCCCGUCGCACCCGGCGCAGGGAAGCCGCCCGGCCCGGCCAGCGCCCCGGGCUCCGCGCGCCGCGAGCGGCAUGUGAGCUGCGCCCGGAGCAUGGCGGCCUCAGGGGUGAUUGGAGGAUGUGACAUCCUCAUCACUUACAGCCCAGAUGCUGAGGAAUGGUGCCAGUACCUCCAGGACCUUUUCCUGUCCAGCCGGCAGGUCCGUGGCCAGAAGACACUGACUUAUAGACUGGGCCCCGAUGUCUCCUUCUCGGCAGAGGACCUGAGCUUCCUCCUCAGCGCACGCUGCAUCCUGGUGCUGCUGUCCCAGGAGAUGGUGCAGUGCUUCUAUGAGCCAGCACUGCUGCCCCUGCUGCAAAGGGCCUUCCAUCCACCACACAGAGUGGUGCGGCUGCUCUGUGGGGUGCCAGACAGAGAGGAGUUCCUGCACUUCUUUCCUGACUGGGCCCAUUGGCAGGAGCUCACUUGUGAUGAUGAACCGGAGACUUAUGUAGCAGCUGUGAAGAAAGUCAUUUCUGAAGAUUCUGGUUGCGACUCAGUCACAGACACUGAGACUGAAGACGAGAAAGCGCCUCCCUACUUGAAGCAGCAGAGCCUGCCACAGGAGACUCCAUCUAGGAACCUGAUGGUGGUGCAGCCAGACCGCAUUCGAUGUGGGGCCGAAACCACUGUCUAUGUCAUCGUGAGAUGCCAGUUGGAUGUGAAGGUGAAGACGGAAGCUGAAUUUUCUCCUGUGGAUUCUCCCUCCAUCAGGGUGGAAGGCAGGCUGGAGAAUGAGUACACGGUUUCUGUGAAGGCCCCCAAUCUUUCAUCUGGGAAUGUUUCUUUGAAGAUUUAUUCUGGUGACUUAGUGGUGUGUGAAAGCAUUAUCAGCUACUAUACUGACAUGGAAGAAAUUGGACAUUUAUUGUCCAGUGCUGCAAAUCCUGUGGAAUUCAUGUGUCAGGCCUUUAAAAUUGUGCCCUACAAUACAGAGACCCUUGAUAAACUGCUAACUGAGUCCCUGAAGAACAACAUACCUGCAAGUGGACUGCACCUCUUUGGAAUUAACCAGCUGGAAGAAGAAGAUAUGAUGACAAAUCAGAGGGACGAAGAAUUGCCCACCUUAUUGCAUUUUGCUGCGAAAUAUGGGCUGAAGAACCUCACUGCCUUGUUGCUCACCUGCCCGGGAGCCCUACAGGCUUACAGUGUGGCCAACAAGCACGGCCACUAUCCCAACAACAUUGCUGAGAAACAUGGCUUCAGGGACCUGCGGCAGUUCAUCGAUGAAUAUGUGGAAACUGUGGACAUGCUGAAGAGUCACAUUAAAGAGGAACUGAUGCAAGGGGAGGAGACUGAUGCCGUGUAUGAAUCCAUGGCCCAUCUUUCCACAGACCUGCUCAUGAAAUGCUCCCUCAACCCUGGCUGUGAUGAUGACCUGUAUGAAUCAAUGGCUGCAUUCGUCCCUGCUGCCACUGAAGACCUGUAUGUUGAAAUGCUUCAGGCCACCGCAUCCAAUCCAAUCCCUGGAGACAGUUUCUCUCGGGCCACUAAGGACUCUAUGAUCCGCAAGUUUUUAGAAGGCAACAGCGUGGGAAUGACCAGUUUGGAGAGGGAACCAUACCAUCCGGGUCGAGGAAAAGAUGCUUAUCACAGUGUGGAUGAUGAUGAAGCUUUUUCUGUGGACCUAGCCAGCAGGCCUCCCAUCCCAGUGCCCAGGCCAGAGACUAGUGCUAUUGGAGCUCACCAACUGCCUGACAAUGAACCCUACAUUUCCAAAGUUUUUGCAGAUAAAAGUCAUGAACGACCUGGAAAUUUCUAUGUUUCCUCAGACAGCUUCCGUAAAGAGCCUCUUGUCAGGCCGUGUCGGGACAGGCCCCAGUCGAGUAUUUAUGACCCUUUUGCUGGGAUGAAAACGCCAGGCCAGCGGCAGCUUAUCACUCUCCAGGAGCAGGUGAAGCUGGGCAUUGUCAACGUGGAUGAGGCCGUGCUCCACUUCAAAGAAUGGCAGCUCAACCAGAAGAAGCGGUCUGAGUCCUUCCGCUUCCAGCAGGAAAAUCUCAAACGGCUAAGAGACAGCAUUACCCGAAGACAAAGAGAGAAGCAAAAAUCAGGAAAGCAAGCAGAUUUGGAGAUCACGGUUCCUAUUCGGCACUCACAGCACCUGCCUGGGAAAGUGGAGUUUGGAGUCUAUGAAAGUGGCCCCAGGAAAAGCGUGUUCCCCCCAAGGACAGAACUCAGACGAGGAGACUGGAAGACAGACAGCACAUCCAGUACAGCAAGCAGCGCGAGCAACAGAUCCAGCACUAGGAGCCUCCUCAGUGUGAGCAGCGGAAUGGAAGGGGACAAUGAGGAUAAUGAAGUCCCUGAGAUUACCAGAAGUCGUAGCCCAGGCCCCACACAAGUGGAUGGAGCCCCACCCCCACCCCUGGAAAGACCCCCCAGAGUACCCCCAAGAGCUGCCUCACAGAGGCCUCCAGUGAGAGAAACUUUCCAUCCUCCUCCACCCGUUCCUCCCAGAGGUCGCUGAUUCCACCUCCUAGAACCUACCUGCGGCAGGACUUUGAGAUCUGUGAUUUUUCAGUCUGUUAAUGAUGACUUCAUGUUGACUUUUAUGGUGUGACUACUGCCUUUGGGACCCUUUCUCAUUGUGCUGACAUUCUUGAAGCCCUGCUGGUCUGGGCUUUCCUUGUGUGCCUUAUUAAGGCACCAGGAAGUGAAAAAUAAGGACUUACAUUCACCAGUGCCAAGUAUAUUGAUCCUCAUCUCUACUUGUCAAAAUGAUGAAGACAUAUCUGGAAGACUUACCUUUACUUUGAGCAUGUCAGUGCUUGAAAAGACUGGUUAGAAAUGUACUUUGUCAGUGAUUUUACUGAAAUAGAAGACCUUGCCUAUUUUCUAGUUCAGUCUUAAUUUCUGAAAGUGGUUAUGAUUUUAAGAGUUAUGGUAUUCAAGUAAGGAGAUAGGUCUUAAUUCUUAAAUGACUUAUUCUUUCUAUAGUUUCAGGCAAGUGUUUAAAGGCAGGGCCAGGAACAUACAAGCUCUAAAAACUUUAUAGAGAGAUUACUUCUAAUUCUCAUGCAUAGAAGGCCAAUUUGAGGUAUUACUGAUGUCUGCAAUCAAGAAUACUCAUUUAAAACAAAACAAAACAAAACAAACAAAAAAGAAUACUCAUUUGACUAGAGGAAAAGUCAGGUAAGCACAGUGAGCACGGUGAGCUUACUAAUUCUAAAUUGCCACAUAUCCCAUCUCCAAAUAGCCAGUUCUUUUGUGUUAAGAUGGGCUUAGAAUUAGAAUUUUGAUUAGUAACUGUUGGCCUUCUAGAAACUUCCAUCUCCCAUAUUUUCUGGUGUAAGAGUACCAAGUUUCUAUUUUUCCAGCUUGGGAAUUUAUACUUAAAUACACUUCCAAAAUAGUGAUGUUGUUAAAGAAUAUCUAAAAAAAAAAAAAAAAAUAUAUAUAUAUAUAUAUGUAUAUAUAUAUAUAUAUAUAUGGCAACCUGAAGCUUGAGAUGCCAAGGACCCAAUUUAUUGCUCUGUAGUCUUUAUAGGUCUUAGUUAUGACCUUAAGGAAAAAGGAGGACCCAUGACUUUUUCUUUGCUGACUGGGCUGAGGAAGAACCAUAUACAUAGACAUAUAGAUAUACAUAUACAUAUACAUACACACACACACACACACAUAUAUAUAUAUAUAUAUAUAUAUAUAUAUAUAUAUAUAUAUAUGUCUUGAAAAAUCUAUUUGUGCAGGGAAUGUGGAACCUUAAAUAUGUCUUUAAUUUUGAAUUCCUGAAAGACAAAUCUAUAUUUGAAGCACAAAUCCUUCAUUCUGUACAGUAAAAUUUCAUCUUAAAUAUACAGUGAUAUUAAUCUCUGGCCCACUUCUUUAAAAAAUCAGAAAUCAGAUGUUUUUAAUGUAAUUAUUCUGCAUCCCACACAGAUACACAACAGCUACACUAUUAAUUAUCCAUUUAAAUCAAUUUUAUUGGAUUUGCCUCUUAUGAUUAAAGGUUCUUCUUUCAUCUUCAUUCUUGCACUCAGCAAGCAGGCGCUCAUUGAAUUUAAAAGCUUCUGGGGUCUUGGUGUUUUUUUUUUUUUUGGUCAUUGUUGUUUUCCUGAUAUAAAAUGCAUUAUGAGCCAUGGACAUCAAGAGUGUACAAAUUACCUGCCACAAUGCUUGGAACAUAGUAGCUCUUUUGUAAAUUUUCCCUUUAUUCUCUUUGUCUCUUAUUUGGGAGAAAUUGAGUAAUGUGAGAAAAAAGGAUAACAAAAUGUUA